GCCGCGUCUUGUUUUAUCACUUGAGUCUGCUGACAGUAGGAAACAGCACACGGCGGUGGAGGUGCUGCUGUGGUGGCUACAACUAGCUUUCCUCUCGUUGAGGAAGACGUUUGGACUAAGAAUGUUAAUAGAUGUUCACAAGAAAUCAGUGGGUGCCAGCAACCGGCAUUCGAAAUGUCCUCUUUUGUGUUCAACAGAAGAAAGAAGAAAAGGUUUAAAACCACACAAGGGAGUUUUUGGGCUCACGGCUGAACUCGACACCACUGGGGAUACAAUAAACGUAAUUACAUGGAAGAAGCAUCCAACAAGAUGUUUGUCAUGGCUGUGAAUAGCAAAUGUUGAGGUCAGCCAUCAUUGAUCCCCAAGGAUGAACAAAUGAAGAGACAGCGCUGCGCUUCAGAGGUUAAUUCUGUUGUGUGAAUCCUCACCAUUUCCUGUAUUGCCCAACAUCCUUUCUUGCGCUUCAAGAGUGAGCUUCUCUUAGCACGGUUGUAAAAUGGGAAAGAAGUACAUGAAGUUCCUCAUCGUGGCGCUAGCUAGCAGCCUUUGCUUUAUUUUGUUCUAUUCCAAACUAGUGGACGUGGAAAUAACCGCCAAAGAUAAAAUCACAUCAGUCACGGCUUCCAUUCCCAGAAAGCCGACAACAGCUUUAGUAAGCACUAUCAAGAAACAAACCAAAGGUGUUGCACCAUUCAAACUUCCACCGCUGACUAUUUCCAACGAUUUCAGAAAGAGCGUCCCCAAAAACGGCGCCUUCUGGAAUCGAAAACUCCAUUCCUUUCUGAGGCAGCUGGACUCCGCUGACAAUACAACAGACCCGCGGAAGAAGUUUCACUGCAGUCCGGAGAGUUUUGAGUUGCUAAAGAUGAACAUUCAGGAUGUUAAUACAUACCCUCCGCUCUAUGGAGACUUCCUUCGAGGAAUGGAGUGUCGAGACUCGCCGCUAGUUAUUAAUCAACCGGACAAGUGUGCGUUGGAUAAUGAAGAUGAUCGCAUCUUUCUACUCUUUGCAAUCAAAUCCACGCCAAAGCACUUCGAGAGGCGUCAAGCUGUCCGGGAGACCUGGGGCAGAGAAGGAGAGUAUGAUGGACUCAAGGUACGAACCGUCUUCCUGCUAGGUCGUUCGUCUUUAGACGACCCAAAUCUGGACAAACUCAUUUUGUCGGAGUCUCAGCAUUUCCAAGACCUUCUCGUUUGGGAUUUCCACGACUCCUUUUACAACCUGACUCUUAAGGAACACGUGUUUUUCAAGUGGAUGCUGGGACACUGUCCUCGUGUGUCCUUCAUUUUUAAGGGGGACGAUGAUGUUUUUGCUAACCCCCAAGCAAUAAUCAAUCAUCUGACAUCUCUGGAGCCAGAGCAGGCUUCAUCGUUGUACACUGGGCAGAUCAUUUCUGAGGCCACACCAUUACGAGAUCCGAAAACUAAAUAUUGUGUACCCCUGACUUUCUAUGAAGGUGCUUACCCUCCGUAUGCUGGUGGUGGGGGGUUCCUCUUUUCUGGGGAACUUCUCCCAUACCUUUACCAUGUUUCCUUUUACAUCCCCUUCUUUCCUAUUGAUGACGUCUACACUGGGAUGUGCUUUAAAGCACUUGGAAUCAGUCCGAUGAAACAUGAUGGGUUUAGGACCUUUGAUAUUCGGGAGCAAGACCGAGAGAACCCAUGCGUGCACAAACACCUGCUACUGGUGCACCGGCGCAGCCCUCAGCAGACCAUGAGGCUCUGGAGGAGCAUGCACAGCUCCAUGCUCACCUGCUGAUCUGCUUGCUAUGCAGGGAUGCGUUUCCCAAAUCAUAGUGAAACUCCUGGAUGGACUGCUAUAGAACAAUGUAGUGACAAGUGUUUCUCAAAACUGGGAAAUUUGGGAAUUAUUUGCUCUGACACUGAUCCAUUGUUUGAACCAUGUCAUUUUAAAAUUUUUAGAUUAGAUUCAACUGUAUUGUCAUACACAUGUACAAUGCAACGAAAUGCAGUUAAGGUCUAACCAGCAGUGCAAUAGCUGCAAGUGCAGGAUACUGGUAUAAGUUAUAAAGUGCAGUUAUAGAAAAACUAUUGUGAUAUUCACCGUAAAUAUCACUGUAAAAUGUCCGCAAUGACACUCUAAACAGGGUGGAGUUUUCUUUUGGAGAAAUUAUAUUGUUUUACACACUUAUAAAUCCAAUAUUAUCGUUGGCAAAAUCUUGCAUUUGUUUUCCAUAUGAAUUGAAAUGUAUGUGAAUGGCACAUAUCAGGCCUGCAUUUCAUUUACAAACACUGAGAAUAUUCCAUAUUUGUUUUCAAAAACAUGAAACCGUUUUCAAAAAGUCAACACCUAUUCUGAUCUCAUACACUCAAAAAUGAUGUUUGCUGUUUGUUCAAACUACUUAUUUAAAAUAAGCUGAAGCAACACAAUACUUAAGUUUUUUAUGACCACUGUUUUAUGUUUAAUCCACUUAAUUUUGUAUAUACUAAUAAGUUAACUUAAUUUCUUCAUGUUGUCCCAACACAAAUCGACUGAGUGGAACCCAGCAUUUAUUAUAGUGAGUGAAAGUCAGAUAUUUGGUCAAUUGAUGAUGUAAAAACUACUUUUACUUGUUUGUUGCAUAUAAUAAGACUUUAUUUCAAUUCAGAAAUCAUUAGAGCCAUUGUAACCUGUUCUGAUUAUGCCAUGUGUAGUACAGAUACAUUAUUUUUAAUAAGCCUACUAUAAAUUAAAACCUAACUUAUACUCUAUUUUUUUUGUUUCCGCAAGUUUUAAAGAUGUGUUAUAGAUUCUUCUAGAGGUGUAGUUCAAACGCACAAGUUUACGAUGCAGUUUGCAAAUGUUUGCUGGAGCGAUUGAUUCUGGAAACCCAAAUCAAUGAACUACAUGUUUCUAACAACAAAACUCAGGACCUUUAUUGUCCAAUGAUGGUUUUUGGAAACGCACCCCUGCUUCAUAAACUUCGAUGUUCAGCUAUUGAGCAGUUGGAGAAGAAUAAACUUGGGGCGAGCACAAUGCUGAUCAUGGAAAUAUCUUCUAAAGAGCUUUUCUCAGACUCUGGAUGAAGAGCUUUUUGGUUUGUUUUCAGGUAUCUUGAAAGAACUUGACUUUGUUUCGUUAAAUAUUGGUCUCAAAAGGGAGAAAGUGGUUUAAAAACCAUUGGAUGAUGUUUUGUGCAAUAUUUUUUGAGCUGUUCAUAAGUUAAAGUGGUAGUUCAUUUGAAAAUGAAAGUCCAGUCAUAUAUGCGUCCUCUGCUUGUUUCAAAUGAAGUUUCUUUGCUGAAUGCAAAAAAAAAAAAGGAAAUGAAAUACUGUAUGCUUGGAUCCAACCAGUUAUUAACGUUUUUGUUUGUGACAAGUGAAAGGUCAUUAGCUGAUGACAGAGUUUUCAUUUCAGAGCUUUGCCACAGUCACACUAAAGUUCAAGCAUGUAAAGUUUUGUCAUACGGCGUUGUGAAAAGGGGCAGACAUUUAUUAAAAGCGAGCUUCAUAUUUUAAAAUAUCGUUCCGGAGAGGUCUGUUUUGAUAUUCGAUUGGUCUCACACAGUCACAUGAUGUGACUUCGCAGGUCAGAUUUCACCGUGCGUGAACUUUGCAAUGCAUCGAACUGCAAAACUUGCCGCACAAGCUUUCGUUUCUGGUCUGGCACUAGAGUUAGGCAAGAUACUUAAGAUUAAGUGAGCUAAGUUAUUAGCUAGUCUACUUAAAAUGUAGCUUAACUACACUAAAAGCUUUCCCUGGGAAAUGUAGCAAGCUAAGCUACUUUUGCCAAGUUUUGCCAUAUAAGCUAUUUUUGCAAUUUUCAAUUUCAAAUCGAAGAACUUAAAUCCAAGUCAAUCACAUCUUAGUCAUCAGUAAAACUGUCAAUGAAUCAUGGGGCAGAAUUGCUCCGUUCAGUUAUUUACUGUUAAUAGGAUGCUGGACCAAACAGAAACAAACUUUAGUAUAUAACAGCAAAAACCAAACAUCCAAUAGAGCCAGGUGUUACACAUUUUAAAUACUAUAGCAAUUUAUAGUAAAGGGAAUUUUAAAAGGAAUAAGUCUUGUAUUAUAAUGAUAUUUACAGCUUCUCAUUAAUGAAUUGCAUUACAUAAUGUAGUAUAACUAUCAUGAACUAAGAGCAAUAACCAUAGUAUACUACUGUCUAUAUAUAUAUAAACAAAUUAAUUUGAGUGCUUCACAAUUGUGUAGUUAAAAAAACAUUAGAGUACUUACUAUAUAUUACAGCAGUAUUUUUUGAGCACAGCAUCAGAAUUAAGGUUAUUGCGUUUUAACGUGCUUCUCCGGUUAUGGGAAUCCUCCUUCAGAAAUAACUACUCUUCCUUGAUUCUUUUUACAAUAAGCAAAUUCUUCAUCUUAGCCUAAUUGGAUGGCAAAGUCACGACUAGAGCGAGAGGUGGCAGUAAUGCACCAUAAAGUUUUUGUCGACCACCGAAAAACAGGAAGAAGAUGAAAUCAUCAUUAUCGCCAUCAUAUGGAUUUACUUUCAUCGGCAAGACAUCGGCCUUAACGCUCUGUGAAUGUCGGUGCUGUCACUCAUUGAUCCGUGAUUGGUAAAUGUAGCUUGUGAGGAAGCUACUGCACUACUUUACUAGUAAAAAAAUUGCUCGCUACUGAAAAGCUAUUUAAUGUUGAAAUGACGCUGCUGCCUUACACCGCCUGUCACAUUUACGUGCGCAUGAAUAUAAAUCUAUAUGGUGAAAAGUGCAGUGUGACCGUGGCUUAACUAUUGACUGUUACCAUCAACUCUUUUGUUUGCAACAAGUUGAAGGACAUUGACUGAUGACAGAAUUUUCGUUUCAGAGUUACACUGUACAAAUGUAUUAUUAUUAUAUAUUGCUGCCUUAAAUUAAGUUAAAUUAAACGGAUUUAACAGCAUUAAAUCAAAACAGACAAACUUCAUGUUCCAUUGUCUUCAGACAUCAUUUAAGUCAGGGGUGUCCACACUCGGUCCUAGAGCGCCGGUGUCCUGGAGAGUUUAGCACCAAUCCUAAUCAAGCACACCUGAACCAGCUAAUCAAGCUCUUGCUAGAUAUACUAGAAACGUCCUGGCAGGUGUGUAGAAACAAGUUAAAGCUAAACUCAGCAGGACGCCGGCUCCCCAGGACCGAGUUUGGACAUCUCUGAUUUAUUCUUUAAGGUACAUAAAAAUAUACGCUGUGAUUUCACUGUCCACAUGUUUUGUACUGUGUAAGAGAGGUUCACAAAGUAGUAAUAUUCUGUGCAAGUGAGCUGGCAAGUACUGCUCUGUUUUGCAGAAACUGAUAUUUUGAAGAAUGUUCAGUCUGUUUCUGUAAAUUAUGAAAGUGAAUUGGGUCUUAUGGUGUUUCCACAACUUGAAGGUUUGAUGUGAUUAAACAAACUCUAAUGCCA